UUACUACAUUUCGACCUUCUCUUCUCUUCAUCCAAGUAAAUCAAUCCAAGCAUUAUGGCAUUCAUGAGGUUCCUACUACUCUUUGCUUUGCUUCUUGCUUCUUCGGCCAUUUUGUGCGUCGAGGGACGAGUUGCCCGCAAGGAUCUAGGUGUGGAUCUUGGUGGCGUUGGUGUCGGGGUUGGGGCAGGGGUUGGGAUUGGUUUAGGAGGUGGUGGGAGCGGUUCUGGAGCAGGGGCUGGAUCUGGAUCUGGAUCUGGUUCAGGAUCCAGGUCUAGCUCUUCUUCCUCGUCAAGCUCCUCGAGCUCGAGCAAUGGUGGCUCUAGUGGAGGUGGUUCUGAAGCAGGAUCGUCGGCAGGGUCCUAUGCGGGAUCAGGACACCGAGGUGGCAAUUAGUAGAUGUUUUAUAUGAGAUGUUAAAAACAAUAUAUCACCAUAUUUGUAUUUAUUUAAAUAAAUAAAUGGUGGUUUUACCUGUUUGUACUUAAG